AUGAUUCAAGAGGCAAAGGCCACACUGCACAAGGCCUUCAAAAUCAAGGACUUAGGAAACUUGAAAUAUUUCCUAGGCGUUGAAGUGUGCAGGUCUGGAAAGGGAAUCCUCCUGUGUCAGAGGAAAUAUGCUCUAGAGCUCAUAGCAGAACUAGGAUUGGCUGGUGCCAAGCCUACUAUCACACCAAUGGAGCAAAAUAAAAGGCUUACAACUGUUGAGUAUAAUGAGCAUUGUCACCUGGAAGGUGAUCCAACGCUGAAAGAUGUGAGCGGUUAUCAGAGAUUAGUUGGAAAGCUCCUAUACUUAACCUUAACAAGGCCUGACAUCGCGUAUAGUGUGCAAACUCUAAGUCAAUUUAUGCAAGCUCCCAAACAAUCUCACCUGGAAGCAGCAUACAGAGUAGUGAGAUAUGUUAAGAAUGAGCAUGGGCUUGGGAUCCUUAUGAAUGCAGUUGGGGACAUGACUCUUAAUGCAUAUUGUGAUGCAGAUUGGCCAAGUUGUUCUAACUCGAGGAAGUCAGUCACUGGGUACCUGGUGAAGUUUGGUGGAUCACUGAUAUCUUGGAAGUCCAAGAAGCAGACCACAGUGGCAAGGAGUUCCGCAGAGUCUGAGUAUAGAAGUAUGGCCUUAACUAUAUCUGAGCUAAUCUAG